AUGGUGAAAAGAAAAAGUUGGGUAUGGGAUUAUGCCAAACGUGAAGGUGAUCGCGCCUUUUGCGAUUUAUGUGACAGUGAAAGUGAUAGUGAAUAUUCUUCUGUAGGCAGCACUACAGGGUCUUUAAUAAGACAUUUACAAAAUUUUCAUAGUAUUAAACCACCUGCAGAAGAAUCUAUAGGAAAGAGCGUGCCCGAACCGGAAGAGAAAAAAUACUUCUACAACCAUGAGAGGGACAAACCAAAACACGACGCUGUAAGACAUCACCACAAACGUUUCAAAUCCGUUUUUUUUUUUUUACAAGUUUCGUACACUAAUGUAACGUACAUCAGGAUGCACCUUCACGUACUGCCAGCCAUUGAAAACUAUAACUGUAUCGACUCAAUAUAUCAGACACACUACACACAUGCCUAUCUCAUGAAAUAAGAGCCACCAACAACAUGCAAAAUAUGUGAUUAUCCAACUACUAUCAUACACAGUACCACAGAAUGCAGAGACUCAUAAGAGGCCCAACAAAAAUUCGACAUACUCGAGCCACC